UCAGUGCUUACUUGUUCUGUUUCAUUCCCUAGAUUAUCUGGUCUAUAAAUAAUCCUAAUAUUUAUUCUUAGGUACGAAACUUCCUCUGACCAAAAAAAAAAAAAGAGAUGCGAAACUCCGUAGAAAAAUGGUAGGUAAACAAAGUCUCUUUGUACUAUAAUACCUGUAGAAAGGGUAUAAGAAUUCCUCCGUAUAUCUGAAUCUUUUUCCUCUUCUCUCCUCUCCUCAAGUCUUUGCUUCAAGAAAAGCCAAAUAUUAUCUUCUUUGUUUUGCAGUUCUAUUAAUCGAAUACCCCCAUUAGCAUCUUUAGCAAGUUCCCCUCAUUCCUAAGUGAUUUUUUUUUUAUUUCUGGUUUUGAUUGACGAAAAGGAGUACCGGAAAGAUUGAAGUGUUAACAAUUCAGAUAUCAAGCAAAUUAGGUUUGCUCGGUGUUUUAAUGCAAAGGGUAGAGAACAUUCACAAAGCAGGGGUUACUGUUUUACUGGUCUGUGGGUAUAGUUAUGCCAGAGAUCUUAGAUGACCAUGAAGGCAGUCCAUCCCUACUAUCCGUCGCCGUUGCCAACGCCGAAUUAACUCCGGCGGAGGAUGUCAAUUCAAACCUAUUUGACAAGUAUAAGCUGGGGAAACUCCUGGGUUGUGGCGCAUUUGGUAAAGUGUAUCAUGCCAGAGACAUUAAUACGGCACAAAGCGUUGCGAUUAAGGUCGUCGGCAAACAGAAAAUCUUCAAAGGUGGUCUAACUGCGCACGUUAAACGAGAGAUCUCUAUCAUGCGCCGGUUGCGUCACCCUCAUAUCGUACGCCUACAUGAAAUUCUCGCCACGAAGAAGAAAAUAUACUUCGCCUUGGAAUUCGCUAAAGGAGGUGAACUAUUCUCAAAGCUCGCUAAAGGCCGAUUUAGCGAAGAUCUCAGCCGACGAUAUUUCCAGCAGUUAAUAUCGGCCGUUGGAUAUUGCCACUCUCGCCGCGUCUACCACCGUGAUUUGAAACUGGAGAAUUUAUUACUGGACGAAAAUUGCGACUUGAAAGUUACCGAUUUCGGAUUAAGCGCUGUCGGGGAUCAAAUGCGACCCGGCGAGUUGCUCCAUACACUUUGCGGGACCCCUGCUUACGUGGCGCCGGAGAUUUUGGCGAAGAAAGGUUAUGAUGGUGCUAAGGUGGAUAUAUGGUCAUGUGGUAUUAUCCUUUUUGUGUUCAAUGCUGGGUAUUUACCCUUCAAUGAUACAAAUUUAAUGACCAUCUAUAGGAAAAUUUACAAAGGUGAAUUCCGCUGUCCGAAAUGGACCUCGCCCGAGUUGAAGAGGUUGCUGACACGGUUACUUGAUACUAACCCGGUUACUCGUAUCACUGUUGAAGAGAUUAAGAAUGACCCGUGGUUUCAAAGAGGGUAUCAAGAGGUCAAAUCAGAAAACCAAUUCGAAAUCAAGUUGGGUCUGGAUUCUGCCGAAAAAUUUCUCAACGCAUUUGAUAUUAUAUCGUAUUCCUAUGGUUUUAAUUUCUCCAUUUUGCUUAAAGAUAAUGGUGGAUUCAUCGAUAAGGAACGGUUUGUAUCAAUGGAGUCACGGGAGAAGAUAAUCAGGAAAGUUGAGGAGGUGGGGAAAGCGGAGGGGAUGACGGUGGUGCAAAGGAGUGGAGCCUCCGUCAAGGUGGAGGGGCAGAAUGGUAAUUUUGUAUUAAUGGUGGUGGUUAACCGGUUAACUGAGAAACUGGUAAUAGUGGAAAUUGAGAAAAGGGAGACUGAAGGUGAAAUAUGGAAGAAGAAAUUCAAGCCGCAGAUAAGUAGCUUUGUUUAUCAAGAGGAAGGACCAAAUUCUGGUAGCUGACAAGGACAUUUGGGCUUAAAUUUUAGCAAUCAAUGAUUUUUAGUGAAAUAUUCGAAGGGAAGCAAAUUAACGUGUUGUACUACUAUUAUUAUUUAUUAUCAUCACUGCUAUUGAAAGAUGUUUAACUUA